AUGAAUCGACAACGACAGCGACAAAUGGCUGAAAAUUAUCUAAUGAUCUGGGUUGACGGUAAUAUCAACAUGGAAAACGAAGAUUGCCAAAACAUACUCGCGCAAUUGCGUGGUGUUGUUAAUGACGUGAACCCAUGCACCACGGCCGAACAAUGUAUUGAGACCCUUCAAGACAAUAGUGAGGAGACAUCAUUUGUCAUCUCCUCUGGUGCACUUGGCCAACAUCUUGUACCGGAUAUUCAUGGCAUGCCAAGAUUAGAUGGCAUUUAUAUCUUCUGUGGUAACAAACAACGCCAUCAAGAAUGGGCCAAAAAUUGGCCAAAAAUUAAAGGCGUUCAUACCACAAUCAAAAGUAUCUGUGAAAAACUGGCAGUAGCCGUCAAGCAAUGUAAUCAAGAUCAGGUAACUGUCAGUAUUAUUGGCGUCAAUGAAGGAGGUUCUAGCGAAGAUCUCAAUCGGCUAGAACCAUCCUUCAUGUAUACACAAAUUUUCAAGGAAAUACUCCUUGAUAUGAAGCAUGGUCAACAAGCCAUUAAAGAUUUGGUCACGUUUUGUCAAGAACAAUACAAAGACAAUCCCCAAGAACUCAAAUUUAUUCAAGAAUUCGAACGUACUUAUCGUCCAUCAAAGGCCAUUUGGUGGUAUACCCGCCAAUGCUUUACAUACAAAAUGCUUAAUCGAGCAUUACGAACGCUCGAUGGUGACAUAAUCAUUAGAAUGGGAUUUUAUUUAUGUCAUGUCCAUCGACAAAUUGAAGAUUUACAUAGCAAGCAAAUCGAUCAAUAUCAUGGUAAGACAUUUUUACUUUAUCGGGGUCAAGGAUUCCUAACGGCAGAUUUCGAAAAAAUCACUAAAAACAAAGGUGGACUUAUUUCGUUCAAUAAUUUUUUAUCCACCAGUAAAAAUCGAGAUGUGUCCCUCGGUUUCGCCUAUGGUGCCUUAGGAACAACAGCUAUGGUCGGUGUUCUUUUCCAAAUGGCCAUCGAUUCCACAGAGUCAUCGACUCCAUUCGCUUCGAUUCGAGAGCUGAGUGAUUUCGCACAAGAAGAUGAAAUUCUCUUCUCGAUGCACACAGUUUUUCGAAUUGGUAAAGUUCGAAAAAUUGACAAAAAUAGUCCACUUUAUGAAGUGGAUCUUAAACUUACAGCAGAUGAUGAUCAACAACUACGUCGAUUAACCAAAAGUAUAGCAGAAGAGAUCGGUGGCAGUGGGUGGUAUCGCUUAGGUCAAUUGCUGCUAAAAAUAGGUCAAUUUGACAAGGCCGAAGAAUUGUAUACCACAUUACUCGAACAGGCAUCGGACGACAGUGAUAAAGCACAUAUCUAUCAUAUGCUUGGCAUGAUGAAAAAUGACCAAGGACAAUACAAAGAAGCAGCUUCAUAUUAUGAGACAUCUCUCAAAAUCUACCGAAAAACUCUCCCAGAAGAUCAUCCUUCAUUGGCUGCUACCUACAACAAUAUCGGUCUCGCAUAUAACUACUUGGGUGAAUAUCCGAAAGCACUUGAAUUUUACGAAAAAACAAUUAAAAUAAAUGAAAAGGUUCUAUCCCCGAAC